UAUAGUUUUUAUAUUAUUUUGUUAGGUAAUAAAUAAUAAAAAUAAUUAAUAUGGAGAAAUGUGACAUUGGAAAAAGUCUUAACAUUCAUUGCCACAAAACUGGAUUUUCAAGAAAACAAGGUUUUGUUCAAUUUAAAGAUCUUCCUUGUGAAAAACGAGAAGAAAUAAUAUGGCGAGCAAAUUUAAAAGAAAAAAAAUAUAGUUCAAUAAGAAUUAUAUGUUGUUAUCAUGAGCACUUCUAUGGAAAAUAUUUUGAGAGAAAAAUUACAAAGUGUUGCAAUCUUUUUGGAACACACAAGGAAAGUAAAAAAAUUGCUAUAAAAGGUAAUAUAAAGAUUUCCAUAGACAUGGCAAACUAUUUGCAAAAAAAUAAUGUUUAUGUAACCCCAGGUUGGAAAUUCUGCAGUAAAUGUUACAAAAAAGCAAUAGAAACUGGUGAAGAUUUAAAUUCACAGGAGGAAUGGGAAUCAAAAAGUGAGAAAAAAAUUAAGUUAGAUACCACUAUAGAAUUGCUUGGAAUCUCACAGGUCAAACUAAAAAGUCUUUCAAAACACAGCAAAUUGCCUGUAGCAAAUCAAAAGUUUGAGAACACUAUUGACAGAGUUGCAAAAAUGGUCUCAUUAGCAUAUAAUAUUAAAGAAACUUUUUUAACAACAGAAAUAAAAAGCCCCAUUUUAAACAACAACAUUAACAAUGACCAUGAUCUAGACAUUUUAAUGUAUGAAAUAAAAAAUAAAAUUUCAGAGACUGACUCUUAUCGCCAUAAGGUGCAAAUGUUAACACUCGCACCAAAAUCAUGGACACGUAAAAAGAUAUCAAGCUACUUUGAAGUGUCUGAGUAUCUUGUUCGAACAGCAAGAAAAGUUAAAAAUGAGAAUGGAAUUCUAUUAUUACCCGGGAAAAAAACUGGAAACCCACUUUCACCAGAAACAGUUAAUUUAGUGAUUAACUUUUAUCAAAGUGAUGAAUUUUCAAGAAUGAUGCCAGGAAAAAAAGAUUAUGUAAGUAUUAAGAAAAACCAACAUGUUCAAAAAAGAUUAUUGCUACUCAAUCUUAAUGAAUUACAUGUUGCAUUUAAAAAAGACUACCCUAACGUCAAAGUCAGUUAGUCAAAGUUUUGUACUCUUAAACCUAAAUGGUGUAUUACAUCUAAUGCGUCAGGUACCCACAAUGUAUGUGUUUGCAUACAUCACCAAAAUACAAAAUUUCUCAUUGAUGCCAUUAGGUGGAAUUAAAGUUAUAAAGAUUUCAUGGCAUUGAUUGUUUGCUUUCUUGAAAAUGCAGAAUGUAUGUUGCAUCGAUGUAACCAAUGUCCUGGUAUUGAAGCGUUAAAAAGUUUUUUAGUGCAGGAGUUUAUGGACCAUGAGCAUGAAGAAGAUGUAGUAUUUAAGCAAUGGCAGAGUACAGAUCGUACAACACUACUUUCACAGUCAUUGCCAAUAGAUGAAUUUAUUGAUUUAUUAUGUGACAGUAUUGACAACCUUACCACUCAUUCAUAUAUUGCAAAAACACAAAGUAGAUACCUAAAAAACUGUAAAGAAAAUCUUAACCAAAACGAAUGCUUAAUUUUAGGAGAUUUUACUGAAAACUAUCAAUAUGUUGUUCAGGAUGAGGUUCAAAGUUAUCACUGGAGCAAAAGUCAAUGCUCACUUUAUACAGUUGUACUUUAUUUUAUAGAGAACAAACUUCUCAAACAUAAAUCUUUUUGUUACCUUUCAGAAGAUGUUGAUCAUGACACAGGAUUUAUUUACAAGACUCAGGAAGAUAUAACUAGAUAUCUAAAAAUCUACCUGAUGUAUCAAGUGUGAAAUACUUUUCUGAUGGUUGUGCAGCACAAUUUAAAAAUUUUAAAAAUUUUAUCAAUCUUUGUAAUCACAGUAAAGACUUUGAUUUAAAUGCUGAAUGGAUAUUUUUUGCUACCAGUCAUGGUAAAUCCUCCUGUGAUGGUAUUAGUGGGACUGUUAAAAGAGUAGUAUGUCAAGAAAGUCUAAAACAAAUAACUACUGGGCAGAUUUUAGAUGUUAAUUUAAUGUACUCCUUUUGUAAAGCCAAGAUAAAUGGAAUUUAUUUUAAGUUAUUUUCAAAAGAAGAAAUUGAUCAAACACGAGCACAAUUAGAAAAAAGAUAUUUAGGUGGAAGAACAGUUCCUGGCACAAGGAUGUAUCAUCAUUUUAUUCCAAUUGCUCCAAACACUAUAAGUUAUAAAAAAAUAUGUAUUGAUGCAUGCACUGAAAUAUUUGAUAUCAUUCCAAAAAGCAAACAUUAUGUAGAUAUUUCAUUAAAUAUUAAAAAAAUGGAUUAUAUUGCAUGUUUUUAUGAUGGAUUUUGGUGGGUAGGGAUUGCUGAAGAUGUAAGUGAGCUUGAUAUAAAAGUCAGAUUCAUGCAUCCACAUGAACCAGAUGAUGAUGUUGUACAAGAUUUUUUAUGGAUGGACAAAUGUUAUACCCUUUCUGAUAAGUAUUUAUUGGCAAUGGUGUAUACAUACUUUCGAAGAGCAAAGUUGAACAAAAGAGAAUACACAAGAAUGAAUUUCUUUGUGGCUUUAUACCUUGCUCACGAUGUUGAAGAGGAUAAUGAAGAUUUAAAGUUGGAGAUUUAUCCUUGGGCUCUUGGUUUGCAUUGGAAGAGACGCCAUUUGCAUUUCAUUUCACAACGAGAUGCGUUAUUAAAAAGAAUGAAGUUUCGGGCUAUUGUUAGCAAAUUGACUUGUGAUGAGGUCAUUUUACUUUGCCCAUCGCAUCCUAUAUGGAAGCGAGAACGCAAAUCUCAUCAUGGUGGCGCGGUGCGAAUUUACCCUGAUGAAGAAAGUGAAAACUUUAGUCCCGUUGGUCCUAAUGGUGUUCAACCUUUCUGCAUGUUAUGUGCAACAUGGGUGCCUCCAUCGCCAACUCUUACAUCUGGGUAUUUAUCUUCAUCCUGCAUUCUUGAUUUUUCGUCUGUAGAUAAUUCAUCUAAUAACUAUUUUCAACAUCUAUUAUUGGAUGAAACUAACAGCAAUUCAGAUACUAAUUUUGGUCAAUAGCAUUUCAAUUGUCAAUAGCAAAGUACAAUUAAUCCAUCUAGAGAAAAAAAAAAUCUUUUUUUGUGUUCGGUCAUUCUAAUUACACAUUUAGUGUUAAAUUACAAGAAAAAGCGAUAUUAUAUUCUGUAUUUUACACGAUAUUAUGUUCUGUAUUUUACACAUAUAGUAAUUAGCGCUAAUUAAUAUAAUUAGUGAUAUUAGGUUGUUUUAUUAUUUAUUUAUUUUUCCAGUUUUGUUCAAAU